GAUCCCCUCCCCCUUCUUCCUCCUCCUCCGAUUGGGUGGUUGCAGUUCAUCUCAUCCAUCUCCCCGAUCCAUUCCCCUCCAUUCACUGCUCGAUUCUCUGCUCGAUCGAUUCCGUCGGUUUCGAGUAGAUCGGCCUCUCUCUUUGAUCAACACCGAUCAAAGGUUGUUCUUGGGCUGUGGUGCUGUUCUUGUGUUGGGUGUGGAUCUUGGCCGGCGGCGAGGGGAGGAAGAUCCAAAUUUUGUGGUGGGAUUUGUUGGGGGAAUUGAUUUGCGCUGGAGGGAGGAGGGCCUGAGCUCGCUGGCCAUGGUUUGUCGCGGCGAGCAGAGGAGAAAUCUCUGAGCUUUAUGAAGAUCGCCAGCCACCUGCGCCGCUCCUGCUUCCUCCACUCCUUCUCCGUCGUCUUCCUCUACUGGUUUUAUGUGAUCUCAUAAUUUGGCCCCUCACCGUCGCCGCCGCCAUCCGCCAUUGUUACCAGCUUAGUACUAGUAGUUAGCUAGCCGUGUAUUCUUCUUCUUCGUGUUCUUCUUCUUCUUCUUCGGUUGCUUCUUGGUUCGAGAAGCGAUAAAUAAUCUGUAAUAGCAGCAGCAGCUGUGUGAUGUCGUCGUCGUCGAUGUCGCGGUCGGCGGGGUCGGACGGGGACUCCGGUGGGGUGGUGGUGGCGGGGGCGGGGGCGGAGCACCGGAGGGAGAAGAGGAGGCUGUCGAACAGGGAGUCGGCGAGGAGGUCGCGGCUGAGGAAGCAGCAGCACCUGGACGAGCUGGUGCAGGAGGUGGCGAGGCUGCAGGCGGACAACGCGCGGAUCGCGGCGAGGGCCGGCGACAUCGCCGGCCAGUACGUCCGCGUCGAGCAGGAGAACACGGUGCUCCGGGCGCGCGCCGCCGAGCUCGGCGACCGCCUCCGCAGCGUCAACGAGGUGCUCCGCGUCGUCGAGGACUUCAGCGGCGUCGCCAUGGACAUCCAGGAGGAGGGGCCCCCCGACGACCCGCUCCUCCGCCCAUGGCAGAUCCCCUGCCCCGCCGCCGCCAUUGCCGGCGCCCAUUUGCUCCAGUACUGAACUGACCGAUCAAGAAAAAUCUCUUCUUGGGCUUAAAUCUGCCUUGAUUGAGGAUUUCAUCAGGGCUUAAAUCUGCUGGCUGCUCCUCCUCCUGUUGAUUUUGCUGUUGCUUUGGUUGAAUAAGUUGAUCCAUGUGAGUCUUGUAAGGGUUCAUCAUGUUCUUGUUUGUGUUUUGUGAUUUCAUCAACUACUAUAUGUGUCAUCACCCUAUCAUUCCUGUUGUCAUUAUGAUUAAUGUAAAAUUCUGUGCUGGAAAUUCAUCUAAGAUCUGA